AUGUACAUCCAGCAGGCAAGCCUGAUCCCCGUGAUCAUCGAGGGUUUCAAGUCGUACAAGGAUCAGACCAGUACCGAGCUCUUCAGCAACAACAUAAACGUCGUAGCCAUCCGCUUUGUGCUAAACGACCUCUUCACCACCCUCCGCCAAGAGGAUCGAGAGCGCCUGCUGCAUGAAGGAGCAGGGAAUGCGGUGACCUCUGCGUAUGUGGAGCUGGUGUUUGACAACAGCGAUGGGCGCCUGCCCAUCGACAGUCGGGAGGUGCGGCUGCGACGCUCCAUCGGUCUGAAGAAGGAUGAGUACCAGCUGAACAAGCGAGUGGUCACCAAGGCGCACGUCAUGAGUCUGCUGGAGACGGCCGGCUUCUCCCGUGCCAACCCCUACUACGUGGUGCAGCAGGGCAAGAUCAUGGCCAUGGCCAACAUGAAGGACGGCGAGCGCCUGGAGCUGCUCAAGGAGAUCGGGGGCACUCGCGUAUACGAGGAGCGCCGCCGGGAGUCCGAGAAGCUGAUGGCGGAGUGCGAGACCAAGCGCGAGACCAUCCAGGGCCUGGCCGAGAAAGCCGAGGCGCUGCAGCGCCGCGCCGCGCUGGAGCUGGACGUGCGCGAGCUGGAGCGCGGCAUCGCCGGCACCAAGGCCGAGCAGGCGGAACUCAACAAGGGCCUGGACCUCGUGAGCAGUGACAUCCGGAUCAAGCGCGCCGAGCUGGCGUCCCUGGACGCGCGGCUGGCGGGGGCCGUGGAGGAGGAGGGCGCGGCGGCGGCCGCGCUGGUGGGCAGGGAGGCGCGCCAGCAGGCCCUGUUUGCGAAGCAGGGCCAGCGGGCCAGGUAUGCCACCGCCGCCGAGCGCGACGAGGCCUUGACAAAGGAGAUCAGGGCGCUGGAGGGCGCCCUGACGACCAAGCACGAGACGCAGGCGGCUGCGGAGCGGCAGGCCGCCGCGUGCGCCACGGAGGCAGAGGCGCUGGAGGAGGAGGUGGAGGCCGCGCGGUCCGGCCUGGCCGACCUGGAGCGCGACCUGGCGGCCACCGCGGGGCGGGUGCACGCGCUGUCCCAGCGCCGCGACGCGGCCGUCAACCGCCAGAAGGAGCUGUGGGGUGCCGAGGCCGAGCUGGAUGGCUCGUGGCGGCUGAAGGCGGAGGAGCUGGCGCGGGUGAGCCGCGUGCUGGAGGCCGCCACGCCGCGCGACCUUGUGCGCGGCUUGGAGGCCGUGGAGCGCCUGGUGCGAGAGCACGGCAUCCGAGGCGUGCACGGCACCCUGCUGGACCUGUUUGACAUCGACGCCCACCCGGGACACGCCACCGCGGUGGAGGUCACCGCCGGGAACAACCUCUUCUACGUCGUGGUGGACGACGACGGCGUGGCCACGCAGCUCACGCAGCUGCUCACAAGCCAGCGCGCGGGGCGCGCGACCUUCAUGCCGCUCAACCGCCUGCGCGCGACCGAGGCGCCGCGCCCCGACCAGUACGGCGACGCGGUGGCCCCGCUGCUGGACUUCCUGUCCUUCGAUCCCGCGCUGCGCCCCGCCAUGCUGCAGGUGUUCGGCAAGACGCUGGUGUGCCGCGACCUGGCCGCCGCCGCGCGCGUCGCGCGCGAGACCGACGUGGCCUGCGUCACCAUGGACGGCGACGUGGCCGACCGCCGCGGCGCGCUCCGUGGCGGAUUCACCGACGCGCGGCGCUCGCGCGUCGCCGCCGCGCGCGAGAAGCGGCGCCUCGGCGCCGAGCUGGGCGCGCUGGACGCUGAGCUGGCGGGCGUGCGCGGCCGCCUGGCGCAGGCGCAGCAGGACAUCGCGCUGGCCGGCGAGGCGCUGGGCAGGGAACAGGCCCAGCAGUCCCACAUCCACGACGAAAGUCCGCACCUGGGCCAGCCGCUGGCGGCGCGCCUGGGCAAGGCCGAGGCGGCCGAGCUGGCGGCGCUGGCGCCGGAGGUCGCGGCGCUGCAGAAGGGCCUGGCGGCGGCGAGGAGCAGGCGCCUGGCGCUGGAGAGCGAGGCGGAGGGUCUGCGCCAGACCAUCGCGGGCGACCUCCUCCGCCACCAGCAGGCGAGGGCUUUGUUUUUGUGCAAAGGGGGGGACUUGGACCUGGAGGACCGGCUGGCGGGGCGCACGCUGGCCGUUGACGAGCCGACGCUGGAGGCCCGCCGCACCGCGCUCGCCACGGUGGAGGCCGAGCUGGCCAGGACCUACGCCGAUGAGAAGGCGGUGGCCGACGAGCUGGAGCUCCUCGUGGGUCGGCGGGAAAAGGAGUCCGCCGGGGGGACGGCGCUGGAGGCGGCGCGUGAGGCGCUGAGCCGCGCCCUCCUGGCGCUGGAGGACGUCCAGCUGAACGAGCAGGAGGCGCAGGCCAAGCGCGGCGCGCUGGAGGCGAAGCUGGGCGACCUGGACGACCGCAUGCGCCUCCUGCGCCCCGUGUCGGCGGACGCAGUGGAGGUGCACGCCACCACCAGCCUGUCUGCGCUGCGAGCGCAGCUGGGGAAGAUGAAUGCCGAGCUGCACAGCAAGUACCGGCCCGCCAACCGCCUGGCGCUGGAGCAGCACCAGGGCUUCAGAGAGCAGCGAGACGAGCUUGUCAGGCGCAAGGAGGACAACGACGAGGGCGAGCGCAAGAUCAGGCAGCUCAUCUCCACGCUGGACAUGCGCAAGGACGAGGCGCUGGAGCGCACCUUCAAGGGCGUGGCCAAGAACUUCCGUGACAUCUUCGCCACGCUGGUGCCAGGCGGGAGGGGGGAGGUUGUGAUGCAGAAGCGGGUGCCGGGCUUUGGGAACGAGGAGAACAUCGACCCCGAGGCUGGCAAACCCUCCACCGGCCUGGACCGAUACGUGGGCGUGCGAGUCAAGGUGGCCUUUGGGGCCGGCGGGGAGACCAUGUCCCUUAGGCAGCUGUCCGGCGGCCAAAAGACGCUGGUGGCGCUCACCCUCAUCUUCGCCAUCCAGGUGCCGAGGUGCGACCCCGCGCCCUUCUACCUCUUCGACGAGAUCGACGCGGCGCUCGACCCGCAGUACAGGACCGUGGUGGCGGACCUCCUGCGCGCCCAGUCCCGGGAUGUGCACCAGCGCGCCCAGUUCAUCGUCACCACCUUCCACCCGCAGCUGGUGGCGGUGGCCGACCGCGUGUAUGCCGUCUCCCACUCCAACCGGGUGUCGAGGGUGGACCUGAUCCGGCACGAGGAGGCCAUGGGCUUCCUGAAGGCACAAGGUGACACCGCAGGGGAGGCCAGGGAGGUCUCCUUGGUGGCCUGA